GUUCACUCAUCCGCCCCCUCUCUCUCGCGCUCGGUAUCCUCCUCCUCUUAAAAGAAGUGUCUUGUUCUUCUACUUCCUCCUUUCUCUUUCAUCUCUUCUUCUCUUUGCUGUUGUAUCAUCUCACCAUCAAAUAAUCUACUACCACCUUACCGUCAUCACAAUCAUCACCAUGUCUUCUCCACAGCAAAUCCGCACCAAGCUCACUGAUCUGCUCAAGAUCCAGCACCCCGUCAUGCUCGCGGGCAUGAACGUCGCCGCUGGCCCUAAGCUCGCCGCCGCCGUCACCAACGCAGGCGGCAUCGGUGUCAUUGGCGGUGUUGGAUACACCCCUGACAUGCUCAGGGAGCAGAUCGCAGAGCUUAAGGGAUACCUGAACGACAAGAACGCGCCGUUCGGUGUUGAUCUGUUGCUCCCCCAGGUCGGCGGCAGCGCACGAAAGACCAACUACGACUACACCAAGGGCAAGCUCGGCGAGCUCAUCGACAUCGUCAUCGACUCUGGCGCCCGUCUCUUCGUCUCCGCCGUCGGUGUACCACCCAAGGCCGUCGUGGACAAGCUCCACAAGGCCGGUAUCCUCUACAUGAACAUGAUCGGACACCCCAAGCACGUUAAGAAGUGCCUUGAGAUUGGCGCCGACAUCAUCUGCGCCCAGGGUGGUGAGGGAGGUGGUCACACCGGAGACGUCCCCACCUCCAUUCUCAUCCCAACCGUUGUGAAGCUUGUUGAGGGCCACAAGUCGCCAUUGACUGGCGAGAAUGUCCAGGUCGUUGCCGCUGGCGGUAUCUUCAACGGACAGUCCGUCGCUGCCGCACUCGCUUUCGGUGCCUCUGGCGUCUGGGUCGGAACUCGAUUCAUCCUCGCAGAGGAGGCUGGUGCUCCCAAGGCCCAUCAAGAGGCCGUCCGCACCGCUGGUUUCGACGACAACAUCCGCACAAUCAUCUUCACCGGACGACCACUCCGCGUGCGAAAGAACCCGUACAUCGUGAACUGGGAGGAGAACCGGGCGAACGAGAUCAAGGAGCUCACCGCCAAGGGCAUACUCCCCGUGGAGCACGACAUCGAGAAGCUGGGCGACGACCUCGACGAUGAGACUAUGGACAACGCGCGGCCGUUCUUGAUGGGCAAGGCCGCCGCCGUGGUGAACGAGACGAAGAGCGCGAGGGCCAUUGUCGACGAACUUGUCGGCGACGCUGUCAAGUGGAUUCAGACGACCAACAGUUUCAUCGUGUCGAAAUCCAAGCUAUGAUCUUGUUGUAUCCUGUAGUUAUGUUAUCCUGUAUUACAGCAUCAUCUGUCUGUCAAUCUAUCUCUUGAACGGACGGACUCGAGAGAAAAAAAAAAAUAAUUAAUGUAGCCAUAGCCUACCUAGCUAGCGAGUACCUAACUGUCGCAUCCAUCCGAUCACACCUUUCCCC